AUGACACAGGCACCCACAACCCAAGCUGCCACUACACAGACACAAACAACCCAAGCUGCCACUACACAGGCACAAACAUCCCAAGCUGCUACAACCCAAGCUGACACGACACAGGCACCAACAACCCAAGUUGCCAUGACACAGGCACCAACAACCCAAGCUGCCACAUCCCAAGCUGCCACCACACAGGCACCAACAACCCAAGCUGCCACAACCCACGCUGCCACAACACAGGCACCCACCCAAAUUGCCACUACACAGGCACCAACCAAAAAGAUCACAACAAAGGCAUCAACCGAGAAGGUCACAACACCAACACCAACAACACAGGCACCCACCCAAAAUGCCACCACACAGGCACCAACCGAAAAGGUCACAACAAAGGCACCCACCCAAAAUGCCACAACACAGGUACCCACCCAAAAUGCCACAACACAGGCACCUACCCAAAUUGCCACUACACAGGCACCAACCCUGAAUGCCACCACACAGGCACCCACCCAAAAUGCCACCACACAGGCACCAACCGAAAAGGUAACAACACAGGCACCAACAACACAGGUACCCACCCAAAAUGCCACCACACAGGCACCAACUGGAAAGGUCACAACACAGGAACCCACCCACAAUGCCACAACACAGGCACCCACCCAAAAUGCCACCACACAGGCACCCACCCAAAUUGCCACUACACAGACACCAACCCAAAAUGCCACCACACAGUCACCAACUGAAAAGGUCACAACACAGGCACCCACCCAAAAUGCUACCACACAAGCACCAACUGAAAAGGUCACAACACAGGCACCCACCCAAAAUGCCACAACACAGGCACCCACCCAAAUUACUACUACACAGGCACCAACCCUGAAUGCCACAACACAGGGACCCACCCAAAAUGCUACCACACAGGCACCAACAGAAAAGGUCACAACACAGGCACCCACCCAAAAUGCCACAACACAGGCACCCACCCAAAUUGCCACUACACAGGCACCAACCCUGAAUGCCACCACACAGGCACCAACCGAAAAGGUCACAACACAGGCACCCACCCAAAAUGCCACAACACAGGCACCCACCCAAAUUACCACUACACAGGCACCAACCCUGAAUGCCACAACACAGGGACCCACCCAAAAUGCCACCACACAGGCACCAACAGAAAAGGUCACAACACAGGCACCCACCCAAAAUGCCACAACACAGGCACCCACCCAAAUUGCCACAACACAGGCACCCACCCAAAAUGCCACAACACAGGCACCUACCCAAAACGCCACCACAAAGGCACCAACUGAAAAGGUCACAACACAUGCACAAACAACACAAGCACCCACAAUUCCAGCUCCAAUAACCCAAACUCCAACAACAGAGGCACCAACAUCACAAGCCUCAACAACACAAGCCCCAACAACACAAGCUCUAACAACACAAGCCCCAACAACCCAAGCUCCAACAACCCAAGCCCCAACAACACAAGCCCCAACAACACAAGCCCCAACAACACAAGCCCCAACAACAUUAGCCCCAACAACACAAGCUCCAACAACACAAGCUCCAACAACACAAGCCCCAACAACACAAGCCCCAACAACACAAGCCCCAACAACACAAGCUCCAACAACACAAGCACCAACAACACAAGCCCCAACAACACAAGCCCCAACAACACAAGCCCCAACAACACAAGCCCCAACAACACGAGCCCCAACAACAUUAGCCCCAACAACACAAGCUCCAACAACACAAGCACCAACAACACAAGCUCCAACAACACAAGCACCAACAACACAAGCCUCAACAACCCAAUCCCCAACAACACAAGCUCCAACAACACAAGCCCCAACACAAGCCCCAACAACACAAGCCCCAAUAACACAAGCUCCAACAACACAAGCCCCAACAACACAAGCCCCAACAACACAAGCCCCAACAACACAAGCCCCAACAUCCCAAGCUCCAACAACACAAGCCCCAACAACACAAGCCCCAACAACACAAGCUCCAACAACACAAGCCCCAACAACCCAAUCCCCAACAACACAAGCUCCAACAACACAAGCCCCAACAACACAAGCCCCAACAUCCCAAGCUCCAACAACACAAGCCCCAACAACACAAGCCCCAACAACACUAGCCCCAACAACACUAGCCCCAACAACCCAAGCCCCAACAUCCCAAGCUCCAACAACACAAGCUCCAACAACACAAGCACCAACAACACAAGCUCCAACAACACAAGCCCCAACAACACAAGCCCCAACAACACAAGCCCCAACAACACAAGCCCCAACAACACAAGCCCCAACAACACAAGCUCCAACAACACAAGCACCAACAACACAAGCCCCAACAACACAAGCUCCAACAACACAAGCACCAACAACACAAGCUCCAACAACACAAGCUCCAACAACACAAGCUCCAACAACACAAGCUCCAACAACACAAGCCCCAACUACACAAGCCCCAACAACACAAGCUCCAACAACACAAACUCCAGUGACACAAUCUCCCACAUCGUUUCCUGAAGUGACAAGUGAGGCCAGAGCUUCAAUAAGAAUUACAAAUGGAGCCAACUGGGUACCAGCACUAGCAGAUAGGACAUCAGACGAGUUCAUUAAUCUGCGUGAUGAUAUCAAGCCAGAGUUGGAAGCUGUAUACAAGGCUCAGUAUGGGGACCAGUUUGUAGAAGUUAUCAUCGAUCGUUUUACACAAGGAAGUGUGGUUGUUGAUUACACUGUCAAAUUAUCCGGCUCUACACCUGUCACAUCUGGCAACUUGAAUAGCGUCAUGCAGACUGCAGUGUCAGAUGGAAACCUUGGACGUUUUACUGUGGAUGAAACAUCAAUUUCUCAUGAUGUGAUAAGAACUCCGGUGACAACUGAAGCAAUGCCUGUUGUUGUACAAGGGUUCCCUAACUGGGCCAUCGCCGUGAUAGCCUGUGGAUCUGUAGUCCUCAUCUUCUUUAUAGCGAUGAUAUGUAUAUUGUGUUCAAGACGUCACACUAAACAGAAAUACCGACUACCUGAAGAUCCGGAUGAUAUUGAUUACCGCCGGAGUUGGGCGGGAAGUACCGACAACGAAUUCGUAUACGAUAAUAAAUUGGCUCAGUCUACAGAACAAAUAUCAGCAGAAGAUGGCGGGAAGCGACCCGUACAAUUCUUCAAUUUAUCAAAUAAUGAUUUACAGAACGCGAAUGGUACAGAUCCGAUGGUGGGGGCGAAUGGUCGAAGACCCGCCAAUGGUAUAGAAGGAAGACAAGGUUUUCUGGUACAAGGAGGAACCAUGACAAUUUUCGAUGAAUUUACGGAAACGUGGGAAACGAGACUAUAA